GAAAAUAUGUGAAAGAAUUUGGAAAAAAGACGGGAUUUUUACUAAAAUGGCAGCUAUUUCUAAGACACCCAAGCUUCACAGGCCUCAUAUUCCACAUGGACACGUCCUUGUUAACGAAAAAUGGCAUGGAAGUGACAUUGUUAGAGCGAUUCAAGAACAACAUGUCAAAGUGUUGUAUGAUGAUAGUAUGGGCAUGGCAGACUUCUAUGCAUCUAAUGAUAUAGCCAUUGUAUACCUGACUGAAGCUGAUUUGAUAGGUGGUCUAGAUUAUAAAGCAAAGAUUCUCAAGAUCUCUAAGACAGCACCAAAGGUACUUGUUAUAUCAGAGAGAACCCCUUUGAGUGAACAGUACUUUACUGGCCUUCAAAAAUUUGUGGUAAUUGAGAGAUCUCUUGUUCUUCUUCCAAUGACAAGUAACGUAGAAGCAGCAAAGAUUAUUGCACAAAUGGUUAAACUUGAAUACAAGCCCCAAGAUAACCCAUAUCGUAUCAAACUGAAGCCACAGCCAGUAGACAAGGCAUUAUUAAACACAGUUCAAGCAAUACCUGGCCUUGGGGAAAAGAAAGCACUGGAGCUUCUAAAAAAAUUCAAAAGUAUUGAGGAUUUAAGUAAAGCAAAAAUUGAGGAAAUGUCUCCUAUUAUUGGCAAAUCAAGUGCUUUACAUGUCGGGAACUUUUUCCAUCAGUCAUUUCAUAACAGUAAAAAUGUGUCUUAAUUAAAAGGUAAAAAUAUUAAAUAAUAAUUAUGAUAAUUAUAAAGUAUAAUGUUAAAAUUCCUUUUAAUUUGUAAACUCAUAGGAAUAAGUACAAUCAUGUAAAUACAAAGACUGAUUCCAUAUUAAAAUAUCAUUUGUACAUAAAUUGUUAAUAGUGUUACUGGAAAUGCUUAAUAAUAUUAGAUCUUUAAAGUUUGAGCAAAGUGUUUUCCUAUUUUAGACGUGCACGUCAUCCCUUUAGGAAUAGGGCAUUUUUUGUUUGAGUAACAUUCAUGGUGCAUCUUAUUAAUGGAAAACAAAGAAUGGCAUCAAGUUUGAAAUAGGAAAGCAUUACACACAUGC